UGACUAUUGUUUUAAUGCAAAUGCACUCAUGAAGAAUAUUAAUAACACUUUAGUCAAAUUGGAAGCUCUUAUUUGCUUAUUAAUUGUGAGUGCAUUUGAACACUUUUCUUGCUUUGAUAAACUAAGCGGAAAAAUCGGCAACAAGGAAGUGUCAAGAUGGCUCCAAGCGGACUGAAGGCGGUAGUCGGAGAGAAAAUCCUGAAUGGAGUUAUCAAAAGUGUGAAGAAGGAUGGAGAAUGGAAGGUGCUCAUUGUGGACCACAUCAGCAUGCGAAUCCUGUCCUCCUGCUGCAAGAUGUCAGAUAUCAUGGCAGAGGGGGUGACUAUUGUGGAGGACAUCAACAAGCGCAGGGAACCCAUCUCCAGCCUGGAGGCCAUUUAUCUGAUCUCUCCUUCAAAGAAGUCAGUUCAUGCGCUUAUCAAUGACUUCAAAGAGAUUGCAUUCACCUACAAAGCAGCGCACAUCUUCUUUACAGACAAUUGCCCAGAUGCUCUGUUUGCUGACAUUGGCAGGUCCAGAGUUGCCAGAGUCAUCAAGACUCUGAAGGAGAUCAACGUGGCUUUCCUGCCGUAUGAAUCCCAGGUAUUUUCCUUGGACGAUCCCAGCUCCCUGCACUUCUUCUACAGUCCAGUUGGAGAUGGGAAUAAAGACAGAAUGAUGGAGACUCUGGCAGAGCAAAUCGCCACCCUCUGUGACACCUUGAAGGAGUACCCUGCCAUCCGCUAUCGCAGCGGUCCUGAUGAGAAUGCCAGACUGGCUGAGGAGGUGUAUCAGCGUCUGAACACCCAUAAAGCAGACAACCCCAGCAUGGGAGAGGGUCCUGACAAGGCCAGGUCACAGCUAUUAAUUGUGGAUCGUGGCUUUGACCCCAUCUCUCCCAUUCUGCACGAGCUGACUUUUCAGGCCAUGGUCUAUGACCUUCUGGACAUCAAACAGGACAUCUACAAAUAUCAGACGACUGGGAUCGGGGACUCCAAGGAGAAGGAGGUUCUCCUGGACGAAGAUGAUGAGCUGUGGAUCCAGCUGAGACACAUGCACAUAGCUGACGUCACCAAGAAAGUGACGGAGCUGCUGCGUGUGUUCUGUGAGAGCAAGAGGAUGUCCACUGAUAAGGCCAAUAUCAAAGACCUGUCUCAGAUGCUGAAGAAGAUGCCACAGUACCAGAAGGAACUCAGCUUGUACUCCACUCACCUGCACCUGGCUGAGGCCUGCAUGAAGAAAUUCAAAGCCUCUGUGAACAAGCUGUGUGAGGUGGAACAGGACCUGGCCAUGGGGACUGAUGUAGAUGGGGAACCCCUGAAGGAUGCCAUGAAGAGCAUCGUCCCUGUACUCCUCAACACCGACAUCGAACCCUACGACAAGAUCCGCAUCAUACUGCUCUAUAUCUUCCACAAGAAGAAGGGCAUUGGAGAGGAGAACCUGACCAAGUUAAUCCAGCAUGCCAACGUGCAGGCAAACAGCAACAUCAUCACCAACCUACAGCACCUGGGCUGCCCCAUCAUCGCUGGGGCUCCCAAUGCUGGGAAAACACUGCCUGAGAAGAAAGAGCGCAAGGAGAGCACGUACCAGCUCUCCCGAUGGACACCCACCAUCAAAGAUGUGAUGGAGAAUGCCAUAACAGACAUGCUGGACAGGAAGCAGUGGCCAUUCAUCUCUGACCCUGCCCCCAUUAACACCACGCAGAUGACUGUCAGCAGUGCUCGGUUUGGACAAUGGCAUAAGAACAAGUCUCCAACGGAGUAUCGUUCCGGCCCUCGGCUCAUCAUCUUCAUGAUCGGAGGCGUGUCCCACUCUGAGAUGCGCUCCGCCUACGAGGUCACUCGAGCCACCGACGGAAAAUGGGAGGUCCUGAUUGGUUCGUCUCACAUUGUCACACCCACCAGCUUCCUAAAUGACCUGAAGAAGCUGGACCUGGAUCCAACUCCUGAAAGCUAGAUAUAACCCUCCCUUCACUCCUCGGCCUGGAAGGGAGCUGGCCUGAGUCUGCAGGGAGAAUGGCUCUGAACACAAACCUGGAUUCAAAUUGUGCUUGUUUUCUUUCAAAUAUGUUGAGCGAACAAAUACUAUUUGAACCCAGGUCUGCUCAUUAUGAGACGCUUGUGUACUCGUCUAACUGUAAAACAAAGUGCCGUUUUUAAGAUGUAGUCAUCAUUAAAGGAUAGUGUCUUUUGAUUCUCAAUCUUUUAUUGAAUUUCUCUUUAGUUACGGUUGAAGUAAAAUAAAUUAUGUACAUACGUAUUAAUGUAAUGCUGUGAUGGACAUUUUUUUUUGCUCUGAAUAUUAAAUUAAAACAGUCCUUAUAUUAUGAGGAUCAUUUUAAGCUGUCUCUGUCUCUGUCUUCAACUGUAAUUGAGUUACAAAUAUGGGCUGCAUCUCAACAGUCUAAAGUAGCUUCCUCUCCUUUUGUCCUGUUAGUGCAGAUGAACUAAAGGACAUAAGGAGCAGUGGCCUCUUUAGACUAUUGAGAUGCAACUUUUGUGUGGGGAGCAUUAAAUACUUGUGCCUUUCUCAAGUUACAAUUGUUUUCAUAUGUCUUAAUGUCUUUACCACUGUAGUGUGCCUCGGAAAUCAUGCACUUUCAUGUUUGGGCCUUUUGUCUUUUGUAUUUUAGUCAAUUAUGAAUAAACAAUAUGCAUACAUUUUA